AUGUCGCGCCGCGCCGCCGUCUCGCCUGAGCGCCGACCGUGGUCUUUAGAUCCGAAAGGCACGGAUGGACCGUCGGUGUCCUGUCCGGUGUGCGGCGUUGACCUCACGAGCUUCUCUGUGCACAAACGUGAGACGCACGCAGAUGAGUGCGCGCAUGAGCUCUCACAGCUCGAUCUCGAGACGCACGAAGAGGACGGUAACGAUGAAAUCGACGAGAAGAAUGUGUUCGAUGUCGACGAUGCCCGGGAAACGAUAAAGAUUCGCGCGAGAGAGCUCGAGGAGGCGCACGCGAGACGCCUCGCGAGUGGCACGACGACAAGCGACGACGCAAGUCGAGCGAUCCGUCCAACGGAGACUAUCGAAAUGUGGCUCGAACGCAUCGGCAUGCUCGCUUACUUUUGCCCGCUCUUCGUCGAAGAGGAUUUGUUAGACGUCGACGUCGCCAAAGAGUGCUCCGCGGAGGACUUUGUCUUUGUCGGCGUUGCCGAAGAGGACGCACGCAUCUUGGCACACUGCGGCGGUCCAGCGCCCGAAUGGCUCACGCCGAAGACGAUUUCGGACGUUAACGCAUCGCGUCCUCGCACACGCGCGCGCGCGGCGAUGGAGCUCGCCCUUGCGACGUCUGCAGCAAACGACGAGCGCCUUUGGGACGUUGCGCGCGGCGCCGACGGUCGCGGUAGAGGCGAAUCCCUCCCCGCCCUCAGUCGUCUCCUUCCUCGACGCAACACUUAG